ACUUUCAUCAGUUAUCUGUGAAAUUAAUUUGCAUUUCGUUGUCUUAUUCUUGUUGACAUAAAAUUUAAUUGUAAAUUAUUUAGUGAUUUUUGAAUUAAUGUGUCAUUGAAUCAAAUUAUCGGUUGCGGCAUCAAAUAAUUAUAAGAAUUGGUUAUUUCAGCUUUGUUCGGUUUCAAUUACUUUAGUUCAUUUUAAAUAUCUAAUAGGUAGGUACCUAUAUUUGCUUAACUGAAAAUAUACAAAUAUGGCAAUUGUAAGAAAUAAGUCACCCAAAAAAUGUCAGUACAAACAAAUCCCAGCCAAUCCAAUAAGAUUAAUAUUUGAAAUAUUAUUGUGCGUUUCACUUAUAAUACCGGCUGUUCUAUGGGCAACAAUAAAACUAUUUUUUAAAUCUCCGCGAAAAAACAUCAGUGGACAAGUGGUUUUGGUUACCGGGGCAGCUCGAGGUUUGGGCCGCGAGCUUUGCUUGAGGUUCCACACGUUGGGUGCCAAAGUUGCUUGCGUUGAUGUCGACGGCGAAGGGUGUGCCGAGACGGCAAAAGCGAUCAAUCGACACGGCGGGAUGGCAAAAAAUUACAAAGUCGACGUUACCGACCGGAAGCAAAUCAGGGACAUGCACAUGACGGUCGUAAAAGAACUGGGCCCCGUGGACAUAGUGGUGAACAACGCGGGCAUCGUAUUAGCUCAUAUGUACGUCAAUCCCGAAUCGGAUCAGCUCAUCGAGGACCUGAUCAACGUCAAUCUCCUAGGACAAAUUUGGAUCAAUAGGGAAUUACUGCCCUCGAUGUUAGAAAGAAACCACGGACAAAUUGUUGCUAUAUCGUCCAUGUCGUCGAUGAGUGGAUUGUCUGGAAUAUCUACUUACACGGCAACAAAAUGGGCGACGAAUGGCAUGAUGGAGAGUUUGCAUAACGAACUGAGAGCAUUGAAAUCAGCCGUCGUGUCGACGACGGUGUGUCCGUAUUUUAUAGAGACAAAUCCGGAAAUAUCUAAACAUUUAGAGCUCAGAUUACCAGAAAUGCCCACAUCUUUUGUUGGUGAAAUCGUUAUGAAUGGUAUACUAGAAAAUCGAAGAAUUUUUUCAGUUCCAAAUCACUUCAUGUUUCCAGUUAAACUUGUAAGGACAUUACCUGAUAACUUACAGUGGAUAAUCAACAGAGUAUUCUAUGUAAAUAUCAUUGGAUUCCCAAAAGAUGUAGAAUUGAUGAACAGAUAUCGUCAGUAAAAAAUUUGAAGAGAACAAAUAAUACCUAUUAUCUACUUAAUAAAGAUAUUUAUGUAAUUGUGUUAUCUGCCAUGAGAAAAAUGACUUAUAGUCGCACUUGUAUAUAAUUAAAAUGUGCAAUAAGCCUUGCAGCUUUUAUCCA